GCGAGCCUCUUCGCGAGCGCAGCCCCGGCGAGCGUGAAGGCGGCGCGCGCUGGGUACAGAGGAGGAGAUGGGCAGAAACUGAACAUGGCGGAUGGUGACAGCGGGAGUGAGCGCGGCGGUAGCGGCGGUGGCGGGGGCUUUCAGCGGGACCAGGAGACCCAGGAGCUGGCCUCCAAGCGCCUCGACAUCCAGAACAAGCGCUUCUACCUGGACGUCAAGCAGAACAGUAAGGGCCGCUUCAUCAAGAUCGCCGAGGUCGGGCCCGGAGGCUCCAAAAGUCGGCUGACCCUCUCGCUGUCAGUGGCCGCUGAGGUGCGCGAUUACCUCGGGGACUUCAUCGAGCACUAUGCUCAGCUAGGCCCCAGCAGCCCCGAGCAGAUCGCGCAGGCUACCGCCGGCGAGGACGGUGGGCCUCGGCGAGCACUCAAGAGCGAGUUUUUGGUGCGGGAAAACCGCAAGUACUACUUGGACUUGAAAGAGAACCAGCGGGGGAGGUUUCUGCGGAUCCGGCAGACAGUCAACCGGGGGCCCGGCUUCGGCAUGGGCGGCCCGGUGGGCGGCAUGCUGGCCGGCCAGACCAUAGCCCUUCCGGCGCAGGGCCUGAUCGAGUUCCGAGACGCACUGGCCAAGCUCAUCGACGACUACGGCGGCGAAGACGACGAGCUGGCCUGCGGCGGCGCAGGCGGCAUGGCGGCGGGGGGCUUCGGUGAUCUCCCCGAGGGCACCUCCAUCAUGGUGGACUCCAAGCGCUUCUUCUUCGACGUGGGCUCUAACAAGUACGGGGUGUUUCUGCGCGUCAGCGAAGUCAAGCCCAGCUACCGGAACUCCAUCACGGUACCCUUCAAGGCCUGGGCCAAGUUCGGCGGCGCCUUCAGCCGCUACGCCGACGAGAUGAAGGAGAUCCAGGAGCGCCACCGGGACAAGAUGUACGAGAGGCGGGACGAGUCGGAGGGCGACGACGUGGAUGACGACUGAGCGCGCGCACGCACGCCGCCUCCGCCGUACGUGCGCACCGCGCGCACGUACACCCACAGCAUUGGAGAAAAAAAGAAGAAAGAGUGAACGAGCGUCCAUCAGCCUCGUGGUGCGGUGUCACUUAGCACCCAAGUUGGACUCGGUAGUGUUCGAAUCGUGACCUAAGUGCGUGUCGUGGAGGCUGGAAGGCUCCCGGUGUCCUCCUCGUUGUCGUUCACGUUGUGGGAUGUUUUGUAGGUUGGCCUCGGAGGAGCAGCUGCCAAUCAAAGUCUCACACUCACUCACACACACACACACACACACACUCACACACACAUACACACACACACAAAGGAUUACUGUCCGCCACAUGUUUGACGAGGAGGAUGAAGUCAGCCGCAAUUACAGCCAGGGCACAUUCUUAGCAAUACCGGCAGAGGAGUGCAGCGUUUGGGGCUCCCCAGCAGAAACGCUUUUGCCAUCGACCUCUCUCUCGCCUCACGCGGGACAAAAAAAAUAAAAAUAAAAACACGAACAUCAGCAAGAGACGCUGCUGGACACCAACUAACACGUCCGUGGAUGUUCUUUUUCCUUUUUUUCUUUUCCC